CCCACAUCACGUGACAGGGGUGUUUAUGGCUGCCACGAAAACCAGUGUAAAAACCCCAAAUGCUGACGUUUCCCUUAAUACUCAAAUUUCCAUCCCUUCCAGUGCUGUGCAAUGCUUCUGCUUGAAUGAUUAACGGUGAAAACAGAACUGUGGCAGAGACGGCGGAGGGAUGGCAGGAGUAGAGAAGAUGGCUGGAGAGGAGAAUGGCCAGUCGGGGGACCAGGGGGCCUCACUGGGCAGAGCAGUGGACAGGAAGGGGUACAUCCCGGUGCUUUUAGAAGAGCAGGAGAAGGAGGCGGAAGACCUCAAGUCUGUACUGACCAGGAAGCUCAAAAAGAAAUGUCUCUGCAGCCCUAGCCGAGCCAAAGAGCUGGUGCUGGGGUUCUUCCCUAUUCUGAGUUGGCUUCCCCAAUACAAGCCUAAGGAGUGGCUCUUGGGGGACGUGAUGUCCGGCUUGAUCGUGGCUAUCCUCCUGGUGCCCCAGUCCAUCGCUUACUCCCUCCUGGCUGGCCAGGAACCUGUCUACGGCCUCUACACCUCCUUCUUCUCCUGCAUCAUCUACGCGGUGCUGGCCUCCUCGCGCCAUGUCUCCGUGGGGAUAUUCGGCGUGCUUUGUCUGCUGGUGGGCCAGGUGGUGGACAGGGAGCUGCAGGCAGCUGGCUACACCACUGAAGGGGGUAGAAACCAGACCGGGAUGACUGGAGCAGGCAACCUCACUACAGGGAUGACCUGCGACCAGAGCUGCUAUGCCAUAUCUGUGGCAACCAUGCUCACCUUCAUGGCAGGGUUGUAUCAGGUGCUGAUGGGGCUUUUCCAGGUGGGUUUUGUCUCGGUAUACCUGUCCGACUCCCUCCUGAGCGGUUUUGCCACGGGGGCCUCCCUCACCAUCCUCACCUCCCAGGUGAGGCACCUCCUGGGGCUCAAGCUGCCACGGGUGCAGGGUCUGGGCUCCCUGGUGAAAACCUGGGUCAGCCUCUUCCAGAACCUAAAGGACACCAACCUGUGUGACCUCGUCACCAGCCUGCUGUGCCUGCUGGUGCUGGUGCCCACCAAGGAGCUGAACGACCGCUACAAGGCCAAGCUCAAGGCGCCGAUCCCCAUGGAGCUGCUGGUGGUCAUCGUGGCCACCCUGGCCUCCCACUAUGGCCGCUUUGAGGAGCGGUUCCACUCUGGCGUGGCAGGCACUAUCCCUACAGGGUUCCAGCCCCCACAGAUGCCCGACUGGUCCCUAAUCCCCAACGUGGCCCUCGACGCCUUCUCCAUCGCUAUCAUCGGCUUUGCCAUCACUGUCUCCCUCUCCGAGAUGUUUGCCAAGAAGCACGGCUACACCGUGGACGCCAACCAGGAGAUGUACGCCAUCGGCUUCUGCAACAUCCUGCCUUCCUUCUUCCGCUGCUUCACCACCAGCGCCGCGCUCACCAAGACGUUGGUCAAGGAUUCCACUGGCUGCCACACACAGCUCUCCAGCCUGAUCACUGCCCUAGUGCUAUUGCUGGUGCUGCUGGUCAUCGCUCCCCUCUUCUACUCCCUGCAGAAGUGUGUGCUGGGUGUCAUCAUCAUUGUGAACCUGAGGGGGGCGCUGCGCAAGUUUGGUGACAUCCCCCAGAUGUGGCGGGUGAACCGCGUGGACGCAGCCAUCUGGCUGGUCACCAUGGCAACCUCAGCCCUGGCCAACACAGAGCUGGGCCUGCUGGUGGGCGUGGCGUUCUCUGCGUUCUGCGUCCUGGCUCGCACUCAGAGGGCGCGGGCAGCUGAGCUGGGCCGGGUGGGCGAGACCGGUCUCUACGAGGAGCUGAGCGCGUACAGAGGCCUGAGAGCCCAUGCCGGCUUCAUCGUCUUCCGCUUCGAGGCUCCCGUCUACUACGCCAACCAAUCCCUGUUCAAGAAAGCGCUCUACCGCUGCGUGGGGCUGGACCCUGCCAAGGAGGCAGCCCUGCGGAGAAAAGAGCAGCAGCAGAAAAAGAAGAAGGAGAAGGGCAAAGAAAAAGAGGAAGAGGCCGGGUUAGAGGGCAAGGGAGAGGCUAGUCCAGACAGCGAUGUGGCCACAAUGGCUCAGGCAAUUGUUCCAGAGAAGCGCAGUUUUCACACAUUGGUCAUAGACUGCAGUCCAGUGCUGUUUCUGGACACGGCCGGUGUGAAUGCCAUGAAGGAGGUUUACAAAGACUAUAAAGAGCUUGGAGUUGGAGUGCUCCUGGCCCAGUGCAAUCCCUCGGUACUGGACUCCCUUCGCAGGGGGGGCUAUCUGCAGCAGGGCAGCGACGAUGCACAGCUGGUGUUUUGUACCAUCAACGAUGCUGUGGGAUCCACUCAGAGCCGCUGCACUGAGAACGGAGGCUGUGAGAUAGACUCUCACUGCUAAACAUGAUGGCAGGAACAUUCAGACAUCCAUAAAAUACAAAAUAUGUACAGUAUAGAGAUAGGGUUAUGCAAUAUGAAGUGCCUUAUAAAGCUGUGUAUUUCAGAGUCACAAUAAGCCAGUAUUUUGUAACAUCUUUACUUAUUUGGCUCAGGGUAACCCUGAAGCCAGUGGGCGUGUGCUUUGUAAAGGUCUGAUAUUUUUUUUGUAGGGAAUAAUAUACUUCUGUUUCUUAUGUUAAUCCCUUCAGUUGUUUGAAGGAAUAGCAUUAUAUCAUUGUUAAGUUAAGUAGAAUUAUUUGAUAUACAAUGCAUUUACUGGCUUUCAGUACACUAGAAUCAUUCAGCAUUAAACACGUAAUACACAAUCAUGUAGAUGCACUGUUGAACAGAGAGAUCAGAGAUUCGUUUAAAUGUCAGUGAAAACUGUGACAGUGCAAUUUUAAAUUCUGAUGGAAGGUUUUUAACAAAGAAAUAACUGUGUUGCUGUCCAGAUUCUCCCCUAUGGAUUUCAGGUCCUGACAAAAUCAGACACAAACCGGGAGGGUGUCCAGACCCCCUGCUGACAGUCCAGAUGAGUUACUCUCUGUGCUACUCAAAGACAUGCACGCUCGUGCCCUAUAACUGCUGUUACAAAGUAAUUUGCACUUGCCUUAAAUUGCAUAAACGGGAACAAAGAGUAAGUAAACUGCAGUCUAACUGCAUUCCAAAGAUCUAUCACUGCACACAGAGUAGUGUGUGGGUCCCAAUCUGUCAUCACACAGUAACAGGUCUCGAGUUGCGUGUUGGUAUUACCAGCCCGAACCCAGCCAGAGAUGCGUAUUGUCGUGUGCUAAUAUUUUCUAUCCCGUCUGUUGUUUUCUAUUUUCUGUUACAUUGGAGGUUAGUUUAAAUAAAGCUGCUGACCAGGGAAUGGCGUGACGUAGGAACAUGUAUAUUAUAGGAAUAGAUUUUUUGCAUGUACAUGAAGAUUACAAGAACAUAUUGUUUUCAGUAUAGCAUGGAGUUAUUACAAGUCCAGGACUUGUUAAAUGAGUAAUUAUAUGCUAUAGUGGGUCCAAAAAAAAAAAGUACAAAAUGUCUGUUCAGAACUUUAAAAGCAACUAAAGAUGAUGGUAAACGUGACGUGGACGGUGGAUUGAAACAGCAUUUAUUCACACAGUCGCAUUGGCUCUGCUGCUGACCUGCAGACACUAGAGCCCUUGUGAAGACCUGGAAAGACCUGACUUGUGAAGACUACAGUCUGUCUUAAAGUAGUUCUUUCCUUUCCGUCCCAGUUUAUUUUUUGACAGAAACACUGCCCUCUUGUGGGAUAGAUUAUUAAAACAGUUAUCUCUGAGAGGCUCAACAUGAUCAUGGUAAUAUUAAAAGGUAACAGACUUGAAGGUUUGUUGAAAUAAAGAAGAUGCGGUUCAUACCAAGCAAGGGGGCAACACCCAGUGCCACAUCAUUUAUUAAGUUUCUACACUAGAUACAGGAAGAAUCAAUAAAUAUAAACCUCAAUGCUUCUCUAGGAGACUCUGUAUAAAGACUAGCUGUUUUGUAUAUCUUCGCUGCCUUUUAUCAUGUAUUCUGAUCAUGUAUUCUGAUUUGUAAUUGAUCUAUUUUAAAGUGGUGCAUAAUCUAACAGAUGUGUUUCUCUGAUCUCUCAUUAUUUGACCAAUGCAAGGGCUAAUGAUGUGUGUAAAUGCCAGCACUCACUGUGGAACACUGUCCCCACAUGGAGUCCAGGCAGCUCAGGUAAUGAGAGCUCACUGUGGAACACUGUGCCCUCACAUGCAGUCCAGGCAGCUCAGAUAAUGAGAAAUCCUGACUCCACAAACCCCAAGAAGCCAGUUUUCAGUUAUAUUGCAACUCCGGGAGGUGCUGAAAUAGAAGCUGAUACAGUCCCACUUCUUCGCGGAGACCAGCGUGCUGAGAUAGAAGCUGACGCAUAAAUAAACUAUACAUAUAAGGAUGUGAUCAUUUAUGUGGAAAGGGCAAACUUGUUUGAACUAUAAAUGCAGAGAAUACUGGCUUUAUAAAAAAGUGUUUUUCAUGUGAAGCCUGCCCCCUUGAUGUGCUGGUUCUAUGAACUGCAACAUGAAGCUUUUACAAAAAGGCAAGUAAUACAGAACACUUUGUAAAAUAACAUCUGCCUUAAAAGCUUUAUGACACAACUGAGUCUCUCUGAAUUAUCAGUAUGAAGCUGGUCAGUGCUGAAUCACUUGACAUUUCCAGAUGACAAAUGGAUAUUUCAGUCUUGGCUACCGAUGACGUGUAGCCUGUGUGCUGUUCUGUUAAGAAUGUCUAAAUACACUUGACUACAGAGACCCUGGGAGAGUGAAACGCAAUCAUGGAGAAAUGUAAUUAGUGACAGAGCCAUGACUUUUGAUCUGGUGAUUCACAGCAGCUUGUCACAAUUCAGUGUGAUGGAUAAUACCAUUGCUGUUUCGUUCCCCUUUAAACACACAUAAUUUAAAGUCAUCAGGUUGAAACGUGGUUUAAUCAUUCUGUAACCUGAGGAAACACGAAGGAGCACAGAUAGCAGAACGACUUCGCAGCAGCAACAUAUUCCUUGCAUUGUUCUUCAUUCCUGCAUGAAAUCCCUUAGAAUCAGCUGCAUGGUUAAGUGACAACCCUCGACCACCAGAGGGCAGACAUGGACUGAUAUUCAGUACACGCAGGCUGCAGACAGCAGAGACGUAGCAUUAAUAUUCCAAUGUUCUGCGUGGGUGAUGAGAUGAUGAAAUAUGUUUCAUUUUAAGAAUGAGGCUUAUCAUUUAAUAGUUAAGAUCACCAGGAAGGAGAUGUCAAACAAAAAAGACUCAUGUUGACAUGUGUUUGUUCAGUUUAAUGGAAAACGGUAUUAGAAAUGUACAGUAUGUUACACUGAAUGUUUAUUUUCGAAGUUAUAUAUGUUAGUGCCAUUGAUUAUCCCUGUAAACUGACACCAAACAUCCCAAUCACUUUAUCAGCAAUCUGAGACAGUGUAGGACACAACUAGACAUAAAGCUGAGGGGACACAAAGCUGCUUUUUUCAGGAACAGUGGCUUGAAAACCUGAUUCCAAGAGAGCGGGAGACCUAGUCUGAGGCAACUGCUGUA